UAUCUCCAGUAUGUUCCGGUGCUAGUUUUUAUCAACAAGAUCGAUGUCCUUGAAGAGAAGAUCCGCGCCAGUCAUAGUCCGGUAAGCCUUUCUUUGGCCGCCGAAGCCUGUCUUCACCGGCAGCAACAGCCUCAUCAGCCUCGUUUGACUCAAGUAUGGUCCACUCAUGUGUCCAGAUUAGCUUCGAUAGCAUUCUCCCCUUCCGUCAAUUCCUCCUUGCCCCCUUUUCUUCCAGUCAUUUCCUCCUCCUCCACUUCCCAUUUCAUCGCAUCUUCACCUUGUCCUCUUGUCGUUCAUCCCACGAACACCUGCAACUCUCAGCUCAGAUCAUCUGUCUCUGCCCGAGUGGAAAUUCUCCCACUCGGCAACUGUAAUUCCCCAACCAAUCACCCCAAAUCAAAUGCAACUGCCACCUUUAAUAACACUCUGUCUCAUUUAACCUUCAUAUCUUCUGGAGAUAAAUCGACAGAACACCAACCUCAGCUAUCGCCACUUCAUGUGUUGUCCUCCAGUCCAAGACCUUCCACGCACGAUGUCUCAUAUCCGUUACCUCCCUAUGCUCUUAUCUCUCAUCCUCUCCAUCCUCCUCUCCCUGUUCCUUCUAUGAUAUUAACAUCAGUAAAUCCAGCUCUAAUAGCUCAUUACUCCACUCGUGCUCCUGUUCAUCCGCAUCAGUUUCACCUGACCCUCCUACGGCUUCUUGUCCCACUUACGCUACCGUCACUCCUCAGUUCUUUCCCCAUUUCAGUCAACCCAAUUCUAAAGAGAAGCAACCAAGUUUUGGCCAAUUUCUGA